UUACUUCACGCUGACAGAUACAGAAACCCUUAAGCUCUCACCUUGUGCCAUUGCUUCACCAGAGAUAAUAGUAGAAAACACUUCAAAAUUUUUACCCAACCCAAUAUUUCUUCUCUUAAAAAGUUACAAAUUUUACAACAGACAACACAAGAAUCGUUGGUUUUCUCUUUCUCUUUCUCUUCUGCAAUUGAAUCCAAAACAAACCCUGAAACCGAUUUCAAACACAAAUAGGGGAAGCAUAUAGAUAGCAUGUAUUUAUCAGAAAAACCUCGUCCCAUCGAUUUCUACAAAGAAGAAGGGACGCGAGACAUGAUGAUCGAGGUGGUCUCGAACGGCGAGCUUCCGCCGCCGCCACAGCACCACCAGCAACCGCCGCCGAUGAUCCUCGGCGAGAGCAGCGGCGAGGAUCCCGAGGUUGAGAUAAAGGCACCGAAGAAGCGCGCGGAAACUUGGGUGCAGGACGAGACGCGAAGCCUCAUUGCGCUUCGGCGCGAGAUGGAUGCGCUUUUUAACACUUCAAAGUCGAACAAGCACUUGUGGGAACAGAUAUCGGCGAAGAUGAGGGAAAAAGGGUUCGAUCGUUCACCAACUAUGUGCACCGAUAAGUGGAGGAACCUUUUGAAGGAGUUCAAGAAGGCUAAGCACCAAGAUAGAGGAGGAAGUGGCUCUGCGAAGAUGUCCUAUUACAAAGAGAUUGAUGAGAUUCUCAGAGAAAGAAGCAAGAGUGUGCAGUACAAAAGCCCUACUCCUACCCCUAAAGUUGAUUCUUUUAUGCAGUUUGCUGAUAAAGGUAUUGAUGACACCAGCAUCUCUUUUGGGCCUGUUGAAGCUACUGGAAGACCGACACUCAAUCUUGAGAGAAGUUUGGAUCAUGAUGGACAUCCUCUUGCCAUUACCACAGCUGAUGCUGUUGCAGCGAGUGGAGUUCCCCCUUGGAAUUGGAGAGAAACUCCCGGAAAUGGUGCAGAAAGCCAGUCAUGUUGUGGAAGGGUUAUAUCAGUCAAAUGGGGAGAUUACACAAGACGAAUUGGCAUUGAUGGUACUCCGGAAGCCAUCAAGGAGGCAAUUAGGGCUGCUUUUAGGUUGAGAACUAAACGUGCUUUUUGGUUGGAAGAUGAAGACCUGAUAAUUAGAAGUAUUGACCGUGACAUGCCUAUAGGAAAUUACACUCUUCACCUCGAUGAAGGAAUAGCCAUUAAAGUAUGCCUCUAUGAUGAGUCUGAUCAUAUCCCUGUGCAUACUGAAGAGAAGAUAUUUUACACUGAAGAUGAUUACCGCGAUUUUCUGACACGCCGGGCUUGGACAUGUCUAAGGGAAUUUGAUGGCUAUAGAAAUAUAGACAAUAUGGAUGAUCUUCGACCUGGUGCCAUAUAUCGUGGUGUGAGUUGAGAGCAGGUGCAUGGUAUGAUCAAUCUUCCGCUAUUUGCAUAAAUGUCUAGAGAACUAUGGGUAACCUGGAACUGCAUGUGUUUAGUUUUUGUAAUGCUGUUUAUAGUCUAUGAUAGGAAAAUGAACAAGUCCCUCUGCACAAAUUCCGUCCCCGUCAUUGGCCUCAACAUGUCUGUAAAUAUGAAUUUGCAAGGAGAACAUAUCAUUGUCAAGAUUUAUAUUAGGAUCAUUUUCAUCACCUAUUUUUAUUUAUUUCUAUGUUGUUCACCUGGACAGUUGCGUGUUUUUCUGACACGCUGCCUAAGCAGGGAGUCUUCUGAACCAUUGUAACUGUUACCUUUAAUCAGAUGAACUUUUGUUUGGAAUUUAUUACUUGUCAGGAGUCCUCAGAAUUCUAUGUGGCAAACCGUGAAACUGAUUUUACAUCCAAAGGGAAACAAGAUGUGACAUAUUUAACACAAGCAGACUGGCUUCCUGGAAGUGGAAAUCUUAGUAAAGGGAGCUGUUGGGUUUGCUCGAAAUUGCUGUGGUAACUAUUAAGGGCUGCGCAGCUUGUUUGAGUACUAAACCAGUUAAUGGUAGAACCGUGUUUCAUGCAUGCAUGUCUCACAUGGAUUUACCUUUGUCUCCAAACUCAUUGAAUUGUUAUAAACUUAUAAUAUACACUUAGAUACGUUACUCCGAAUGCUUUUAAAAGCGUGCAAGAAAAUUUCAGGAGAUUUCAGCGAUGCCUUGCUGUGUUGAACGUAGAUACCAACAGCAACAGCGUGUGGAUAUAUUAUAGUAUAUAUUGGCUUGGUUGUUGCCUGCAUUUAUUUUGGGUUCUUGUGAAAGUCAAGCGUUGUUUUUUUGGUCCUCUUGGGCUUUUUGUGCGUAAUGGUUUUAUUCGUUGCGUAUUUCUAUCUCUCUUUUCUUUGUGUAAGAAA